AUGGCAAAUCAGUUAUCAUUUUUAGUCUUAUUGAUUAUUGUGUAUUAUUUUGGUGUAAUCAUUAGUGAAGAAGUGAUUGAUCAUGAGAUGAAGAAUUUUACAGCGUGGGCAGAUAAUAUUCUAAAUAACGCUCUUAAUAAAACAAGUAGCAGUACAUCUGUUUCAGAUAUCAAUAAUUCAACCGACAGCAAUCGUAGUGAUAACUUAGAAGAUCUUUUGAAACUAGGUGAACAGAUCCUCCGUAUGGGCACCACAACAACUGAGAUACCAAAAGUAGAAGUACCUAUACCAGACACUCUUUUUGAGAAACAUAUGAAGGACUUUCUUUCAAAUGUGCCACUCAAAUCAAACGAGGAAAUCGCUCACAUAACAACAAUCUAUGAUCAUCGAAAUGAACCAAAAUCUAGACAAAAGCGAUCAUUAUCUCAACGUAUUCAGUCGAGUCCAAUUACCAUCGGUGGAACACAAUUUAAAACUGGUGAUGUAACGAUAAAAGUAGUACCAGUUGCUACGGAAGAUAACGUGCAUGACAACUAUGGAAGUGCAGCCGAUUAUCCACUUGGUAUUGGUGCUUUUUUGCAAAGUUCAUGUUUUCGUAAAUAUUCCCGACGUACAAUGGUCGAAGAACUGCAGGCAAUUUCACAGAGUCAAUCAUCGGAUGUACAAGGCAAUGUAAUCACGAAACGCCGUCGUCGUUCUACCAAUCUAAAUAAGAUGAAUAUAGUCGAUAGUUAUUGUCGACGAUACAUUAAAUUUGAUGUUAGCCGAAAAAUGUGUCGAGUAAUCCUUCCAGCUGCAUUGUCAUUGGGUGUCGGUUUUGACACAAAAAAAACAAAUAGUGAAGAUAGUAGACGAAAAUCGGUGAUUACACGAUGGUGUAGCAAAGGAAGAAAAAUUAAUGUUCAAGGGUCCGCCGGACCGAGAAGUGGUGGCACUAGUAUUGGUGGCGCUUCUGGUUAUGAUCUUCCGGAUAGUAACGACACAUUCGCAACAACUACCGCCUUUCAACAAGCAUUAAGUCAAAAUAGUGAGGUUGAAACGUCUCAAAACAGUUUUUCGAGUACUGUUGUGGACGCGUAUGCUGGUGUUGAUUUCAUUGCAUCCGUAAAUGCCGGUUAUGAUAGUAGCAAACAAAAUGAAGCGUCACAAACUCAAGAUCAAGAGUCUGUUGAACACUACAGAGAAGAAACAGCACGAAUUCUUACCACAUUUCAUCUCGAAGUCAAUCUCUAUCAAUUGAUAUUGGACAAUGUCGACGUAUGGAGUUUGAACCCAGAUUUUUUAGCUGAUUUUCUUGAGCUACCAGUGAGUUAUUUUAAGCCGGGAGGACCAUACGCCUAUUCCAGAUUUAUUGAUCGAUAUGGGACACACUAUGUUUAUAAAGCCGAUUUCGGGGGAAAGUGGUCGGUAUUUCGGACACAGGAAAGUACACGAAUCAGAAGUACAACUGAAUUUGCUCAAAGUGCAACGUCAGACUUUUAUUCUAUGGUUUCAAACGGUUGGAGAGUAUCAGUUAGUGCUGGUUUGUUUGGUAUCGGAGUCAAACAUAAUAGUGGAGGACAAAAAACGAAUACGAAUAAAGGAUCAGAAGAAAGCGGUAGUCGUUCGAAACAAAUGAGGGAUCAAUCUCAAGAAUAUGCAAGUACAACAAUUGUUACCGUUGGUGGAAAAAUUGAAGUUGGUUCAUCGUUAUCAGACUUUAAUAACCCAGGAUUGGGUGAUAAACUAAAGUCGUGGGUAGAGUGGGUUCCAGUAUUUCCUCGUUCAAUGAAUUUUCGAUUAAUUUUAUUAUCCGAUCUAUUAGAUAUUAAUCCACAUUAUUUAUUUCCCUACAACAAUGAGAAGAUAUGUGAUGAUAAAAAGCGACGUUCGAGCUGUAAAUGGGGCAAAACACUGACACAAUUUGGAGAUGAAUGGGAAAAAAGGAGAAGAUCAUUGCAAACAGCCAUACAAUUAUAUUUACAGGAUCCAUUAGGCUUAUAUAUUGAUGACACAACAAUAAAAUCGGGUAAUGAAUAUUGUAUUAAAGAUUUUAAAAUUUUAUAUCGUCAACCAUCGUGGGAUCAUUUACGUCAAUCAAUGUUUACCGCUCAUCUUUACAUUCCUGAUGUCAUCAAAGAAGAUGAUUGUUUUAAUAUUAGUGGAAAUGUGACUGUUGAUGUUCAACAAAUUGAAAAAGUUUGGACUGUAAGAAGAUCUUUUGAAACAAAACGAAGUUUUGUAAAUGAUAUGAAUGAAUGGAAUUCUCGACAGUACGUGAUUAUCAAUUAUUUAGUAUUACAAUAUUUAGAUGGAAAAUUAUUGUUUGUAUCUCCGGAAUAUUUAAAUCAUUCACAUAUGCAGUUUUGCAAUAAAAAAGAACCAUGGAUAAAAAUUUCACACCAUUAUGAAAUUGGACAAGUCGAAUAUAGAAAUCUAGUUGAUAUUCUAUCAAGAUCCUCACUAAGACGUCGUUAUUAUGUAUUGCAGCCAUGUGGACUAGUUUGGCGUAAUGCUUGGCAAUUUGCUGUUCCGGGUCAGUUUCAUGUACUAUUGGGUUUUACUGUUAUAUUUUACAGCGUCUUUUUUUUGUAUUUAGUAAAACCUGUGUCAGCAAAAGAUAUUGAAUGUUUAACAUUUGUUGCAUCAACUACGGAUAGUCUUUUCGUUGUAUUUGCUACUACACCACGAUUUCAACAUACAUGGUAUACAUUUGUAAUCACUCCACAUGGUGUCAUAUUCCAGAAAGGAGCUCAUAUCGUGGCUAUUUGUAAUGCAUCGGAAAGUGGUACCUCUGGCGCUAGUUUAGUGUUCAUGUCUUACAUUAUAUGUUUUAAUUAUGAAAUCAAUAUGAGACAAAAAACGGGUUUACAUAUAUUGUAUGGUGUUAACUCUGGUUUAGUUCAAGAAACACAAAUAUUUUUAUCCUAUACCGAUUAUGAUUAUUUAGCGCCAAAUUUUUUUACAUUUGGAUCUGGUGAAAGCGAAGUACAAUUGAAAAAUAUUGAGCCGCGAACGUUAAAUGCAAAUGAGUUGUCAUCAUUUACCUGUAAUCUUCGACCAGUAUGUCAAACACAAUUUACAGUUCCAAAUAUCGGUAUGCCAACAGCAUUACAAACUAUCUCAAAACUGGAAAAUGAUUAUUUAAAUGGUUAUUGUAAUUGGUUAUGUGCACCGGAAUGCAUUGGAUGCACGAGACAAUUGUCACGUUUUCAUUGUAUUUAUUGUCGAAUAGCCACCAUAUUUCAUAUGAACGGGCAAAAAGAAUGUCUUACGCAGUGUCCAUUAGGUUUUAUUCCGGAUGAGCGGUCAUAUUGUGUAGAUUUAGAUGAAUGUGCGACAGAUUGGCAUCAUUGUCAAAGUGAAGUAUACCAUAGAAUUCAGAUUAAACUACAGAAAGAACAACGUGUGUUAAUGUUGUUGGUACUUAUCACUUGUACAUGUCUUGCGAUUCAAGAUCAUUUGGAUUCUGAUACAACAUUUCCACGCUUCAUCAAUAUAAUGUCAUAUAAUAAUCCAUUACUAAUGAUGACUACUUCUCAGUCGCCGAAUUAUUAUGCUAAUCAAGAAAAUGCCUAUUAUAUUGGCCGUCGUUCAACUGAUCCAAUUCAAAAUGAAACUGAUACAAAUUCUCUUUUACGUCUGGAUAAUAUCCUAUCAUCGCUUGAAAAUGAUACUCUGUUGACAGAAAAUGGUUCUGACUUAUUGAAUAAAUUGAAACAAACAUCAGAGAAGUAUAAUAUGACAAUUAGCGAUUUAACAAAAAAACUAUUGAUAAAUAGUAAACAUCGAAAACGUUUUCUUGAUGAUAAUUCAUUGUAUUACAACGACGGUAUCGGAACUCAACAUUAUUUUGAUGGACAUGAUGUGCCAUCACCUUUACCAAUUUCACACCAUUUCGAGGACCAUUUACCAGUCUCUCAUCGUUACGAUCAUUAUUUAACCCACCACGACGAACAUUAUCCUAUCUCUAAACAUCAACACCAUGUCCACCAUUAUUAUCAUUCACCAUCAGCGUUUCAUGUACACGAUGGCAUAUAUUUAAAUCAACUACCACCUAUUUAUCAUUAUAUCUGGCUACGACCUGGAAUUCCUCGUGGUCUCUUGUGUAAGUUACCUCCACCAGCUUGUACAAAUAUUAGUUGCCCAUUCAAUUCAAAAUGUACAAUACUAGACGGUUCUGUCCAAUGUGUGUGUAGUCAAGGUUAUCAGUUCAAUAUUCGAGAAUGUACUGAUAUUAAUGAGUGUUUACUAUACCUUCACUCUUGCCAUGAUUAUGCCAUUUGUAUUAAUACACCAGGUUCAUACAAAUGUAAAUGUCAGCAAGGAUUCGUGGGUGAUGGUCACAGUUGUUAUGAUGUAAAUGAAUGUGCCACAACUCAAGCACUUUGUUCACCGAUAUCAGAAAUAUGUUUAAAUAAUUAUGGAUCCUAUCGUUGUAUUUGUAGAUCAGGAUUUUAUUCAAACGGUUCACACUGUCAAGAUUUGUCAGAAUGUUUUUUUCAAUUACAUCAUUGUGAUUCAAAGGCUCUGUGCUUGAAUACAAUUGGCAGUUAUGAAUGUUCAUGUAAAUCAGGCUAUCAUGGAAAUGGACAUGUUUGUACGAAAAUUAAUCGGUGGAAUGAUCCACCAGCGGAUUGGUGUAAACCUUCCGAAACAUCAUGCACUUGUCCGACGGGAUAUCUAAUCGAUAACAUGAUUCCAAAAUGCGAGGAUGUCAAUGAAUGUCUCGCAGCAAACGGAUCAAAAACAAACAUAUGUAUGAAGAAUAGUGUGUGCAUCAACACCAUUGGAAGUUAUGAAUGUCGAUGUUUGUUUGGAUAUGAGAGGACUAGUACGAACCAAUGUUCUGAUAUUGACGAAUGUUACGGAUUAAAAAUGAAUAAAACGAUGUGCCAUCCAAAAUAUGGAAAAUGUAUCAAUACUGAUGGAAGUUACGAAUGUGGAUGUAUAGAGGGUUUUAUCGGUAGUGGACAUAUAUGUUUGGAUGUUGAUGAAUGUAAAACAGAUCUACAUAAAUGUCCUGAUGAUACUGACUGUAUCAAUACCAUUGGGUCAUUCAUUUGUCAAUGUAAAGCAGGUUAUACGUCAGUUGUUCAUCACAUACAUGGUUUAGUCACGUACAAAUUAACAAAAAUGAAAAUAGAUAGUCGAUUGACUGAUUGUGUGGAUAUCAACGAAUGUCAUACAAUAAACAAUUGUUCAGCAAGAGCAUAUUGCGCAAAUGUACCUGGUUCAUAUUAUUGUCUGUGUAAAAAUGGAUAUGAAGGCGAUGGAUACUUUUGUGAUGAUCUUGACGAGUGUGAAAGAUUAAAAAACCCAUGUGAUACAACAAAAGGUUUCGUAUGUUUAAAUACGAUGGCUUCAUAUCGCUGUGUAUGUCCACACGGUUAUAUUUACAGUCAACAUUUGAAACAAUGUCAAGAUCUUGAUGAAUGUCUCAUUUAUGGUUCACAAUUAUUGUGUGAACAUAACUCAAAAUGUAUCAAUAUGCGUGGAACGUACAGAUGUAAUUGUCGAAGUGGUUAUAUUGAACAGGAAAAUCGAUGUCGAGACUUUGAUGAAUGUUUGUAUAAUACACACAAAUGCCACAGAGACGGAAUAUGUAUCAAUGAACCAGGAUCAUAUCUGUGCCGGUGCAAACAAGGCUUUCAUGGAAACGGAACAGAAUGUGUAGAUUUAGAUGAAUGCUUAACUGGAAUGCAUGAUUGUGACAAAGAAAAUGCCAUAUGUAAAUAUUUCUAA